UUGUCAAACACUACAGCCAACAAAAAUUCCAGUAAUAGGUAAAACUAAAAUUAAACCAAAAAAUGCCAUAAAUUAACAGAACAAUGUUUUUAAGAUCUCUGCUGGGUAGCCAAUUACAACCAAAGUUAUUUUAUUCUAUGAAAAACACUAAAAGUUUGAGACCGACUGUGAGAAUCGGGAAAGAUUCAUUUCACCUAAGUAUACACGUGAACAAUUACAAUUUGGAUGAACUUCGGGUGAGAGCACACCCAGAAUACGUGGUCAUUGAAGGUAAACAAGAAAAGGAUACCGAGCAAGGAUAUAUUCUAAGACAAUUUAUAAGAAAAUUCAAGUUGCCUGAGGGCUGUAUUCCUUCACAAAUUACAUGCAAAUUGAGCCCCGACGGGACGUUGAAAGUGGAGGUUCCAAGGACGUAUAAGGAUUCCGGGACACCUGCUGAAAUGAUCAACAUUCCAAUAUGUUACGGUGCCUUUGUAACUGACAAAGAAGAAAUAGAGGCAGCUCAGGCAGCUCAGGCAGCUGGCCAAAAAAAAUUCUAUACUAAUUGUACAGGGUUUCCAAAAGUCAAAGGGAAAAAACCGAAACGACCGCCCGAAGAGUAAAUAAAAGAAAAUUUGCGAAGUAAAUCUGAAGAUAUUCUAUAGAAGACAAACGCCCGAAUACUACCUUAAAGGCUACUCAAUUUUAAAUACCACCUCUGCCACAAAGAAUUUCUAGUAGCAGAAAUGGAGUGGCGUUAAAAUACUUGACACAUUUAGAAAAAAAGCUUACUCUCUUCUUUUAUAUUAUUGAUAAAGAUGUGUUCGUGAUGAACUCGAUAAUGAGUUUGUUGCCAUAUUUUUAUAAGCAAAACAUAUUCGU